CUGCGUCUUGGUCCAACGUGUACUCAAUUUCAGUCUACCGUUGACAUCGAAGCGUGCAGGUUGUGCAGUCAUACGAUCAUGUUAUCUAAGUGGCUUUUCAUAUCUCUUCUGGUUCUAAUAGUCCAGAACAUCACUGCGUCCACUGAUUUUAUCGAUGUAACUAAAUAUGAUAUGAUAUACUAUGAUCCGAACACAGGAGUAGGAUUGGAAGCUUAUUUAGAGGAUACCAGUCGUGGUCCUGUAAUUGCAAUUGGUUUCCGUGGUGCAGGAUGCCAAUGCGAGGGUUUCACAUGUAGCUGUUGUAUUGGUGUUAAUAUAACUAAAUAUAAUUUUGAUCGUCGUGUUUGCAACAAUUUUACUUAUAUACCCGAAGAUUCUGCCUUACAUACCAAACUUAUAUUAAACAGAGAAAUUUUUAGUUCAAAUUUUAUAUCUCUUAAAAAUCCGACACCAUUCUGCGUGCCUGUAAUCCCUUUCUUGUCCUUGUGCGUGCGUUUCUACGACAUCGCCUUAAACGGUGCAAAUGUGCACGCAUGUUUAGACUUUGAGACACUUGUGGGGCAAUGGCCGAUCUUGGUUUUGCAUUUCGAUUGCCUAUCGAUCGGCUUGGGUGGAAUCUCUUGGACGAAGCCUGAAAGUAAUGUCCUGAUGAUGGAACAAGUGAACAAGCCAGAAGUGAAUGGGCCGGAAGUAUACGACGAAGUGAAUUUCGAGCCAGACUCUAUUGAUUUGCCAAACAAUCAUACUCCGAGUGUUACGCUUGAGGAAGAUCAUAUCGGUCAAUUAAAAUUAUGAUGCCUACGUAACUACAAAAUUAUAUGUAUAUGAGAAAUUAUCAUUAUGAUGUUACAAAUAUAUUUAUUAUAUUUAUCAAAUAAUAUAUUUUAUUUGUGAUAAUAUAAUAGCUAUAAUAAAAUAUAUAAUAUAUAAUAAAAAUGUAAAGAGAUGAAUAUUAUAAUCAAGUACCACUUUGUGAAACAUUGAAUAAACUGUUAGAAAUUAAA